AUGGCAGGACAAGGUGACUACGAGGCCUGCCAGGGGGUGUCAACAUUGCAUUUGAGCUUCAUAGGAACUUGUCAGAGGCAAUGUGCUUCUGCGACAAAUGCAAUCUGCAUGGGUGUGACGUUUCCUUUGAAAUCUCGCUGGAAGUUGCAGAGUGAACACUAUUUGGUUUCUGUUGCUCACAAGCUGAGCUCACAAGUGGAUGGCAACCCAGACCGCGGUAUCCGUGCGGAGAUUCAAACCGUCCAGCAUGACCUCCGGGCGCACCGCGAGGCGAACAGAUAUAGGCGUACGACUCAGGAAGAAGAGCCAAAAAGAGCCUUGAGUCCCAGUCGUCAGCGGCUUAAGUCUGUGGAGCUUGGCCUAGACGACUUCGAAAGCCAAGUGCUUCGGUCGAACGAGGUGUGGUUUGUGCAAGCCUAUGACCCCAAUGAUGGAAGCUGCAAGUCUUUUGCGACGGGAUGGGAGGAUGUGGCGCACACGUAUGGAGAACAUGCGCACUUUGGCCGGCUGGAUGUCUCCAAAGCGGAACUCAAGUCUUUGCUACCCUUCAAGCCAGUCCUUCUGCCGGUGGUCUUCAGAUAUGCCCGGGGUAUGUCCGUGGAGCACUGGAUGUUCUCGGAGCGCAUGGCUCGACAGGAGGAGAGUGCAGGUGGGGGCAAAGCUCUCAUGAAUUUUAUGGAGAGCAACUUUCCAGAGUUCCAUCGGCAUAGUGAUGCUUCUGAGCUGAAGCGUUGGUGGAGCUCUGAUGGGCCCCGCAUCUUGGUGGUUGGCCCCUCGUCCAGUAGCUUGGCAGCGAAGGCCAAGGACUUUAUGCCAGUCUUUCGUAUGGCCCACGUUUGGGAAGAAUUCUUCAGCUUUGCCUCUGCUGAUGCACAGGCAAUGGUGGAGGUGCUGGGCUCUAGCUUUGCUUUCGAUCGAGGCCAGACAUGGGCUUUGGUAUUGCGAGGAUCUGGCGGUGCCACAACCAAAGAGCAUGUCCGUAAUGUCAGAGACAUGGCUCCUUUGAUCCAGGACUUCAUUUCAGAGGAAAUCCCACGGCAGGCUCCAAUAGCGACCAUUCGGAACUACCAACAGCUGUGUGGCGACAAAGCUCUAGCUCAGGGCACCAGCAAAACGUACUGCCUGAUCUUGGUGGAUGCUAGUGCUGAAGAGACAGCCAAGGCCCUCAAGGAGCUGGAGUCUUCACAAAAGGCUUACUACCAGGAGGUGCAAGAGCUCAGAAAUGCCGGCGAAGACUCCGAGGAGCCCUUCAGAAUUCAGCCGGUGCGAGUGGCAUCCUCCAGUUCGCGAUUUCCUUGGAAUCCAGCAGCUCCUGGUCCCAGCUUCGCAGCCAUUUGGGCAGAAGCAUCCAAGGCGCGAGCCUUCAUUGUGGAGAUGGAGACUCGCAAAUAUGCUGCUGUAAAAACUCCGAGCUUGAAUGAGAUCUUUCAAAGCAUCGCAUACGAGGACUUGAAACUCGAAGACUUGCAAGAAGAUGGGCCACCGCUAUCACGACUUUUCUCUGAUCCAGAGACCACGCUGCGCCGCGAAGUGAGCGCAUUCCUUUCUACCAGCCUUGGAGCGAUCUGCGCCUAUGUGUUGGUGGCACUUGUGGUAUCUGUGGCACCGGUGGGUCAUCCGAGAGGGUUGAGGUCCUUUUUGUUUCAAAUACCACAGUAUCACACUAAUGUAUCCAGAGACAAGGCUGUAUACAAGUCGUGUUCAUUGUUAUCCGGCCACAAUUUGACAUGUGUACCGCAGAGGGCGGCUCAAGGCAUUGAUUGGAUUUGA